AUGAAGCCUUUACAUGGCUUUUUGCUCUUCUUGAUCACAGCUUAUUGCAUUUUUGAAUCAGUUCAAGCUCAGGAUCAGUCAGAAUUCAUCAGUUUGGCUUGUGGGUUGGUCCCUAAGGACAAAACUUAUACGGAGAGGACAACGAACAUAACAUACAAAUCAGAUGCGAAUUACAUCGAUAGUGGAUCCGUCGAGAGGAUCAAUGAUGCAUACAAGACUCUGUUUCAGCAACAGGCUUGGACCUUAAGAAGCUUCCCUGAAGGUCAAAGAAACUGUUACAACUUCUUAAACCUCACAGGAAACCGCAAAUAUCUGAUCAGAGGAUCCUUUGUGUAUGGGAAUUACGACGGUCUGAAUCAAAUCCCUAAGUUUGAUCUUCACGUUGGUCCUAACAAAUGGACUUCUGUUAAGCUGGAUGGAGUAGGAAAUAGUUCGAUCCACGAGAUGAUCCAUGUCUUAAAACAAGACCGUCUUCAAGUUUGUCUUGUCAAGACAGGAGACACAACACCGUUUAUUUCGUCACUGGAGCUUCGUCCGUUGCACAAUGAAACAUACGUCACGCAAAGUGGAUCUUUGAUUGCCGUCUCAAGAGUUUACUUCUCACCCACGCCAUUGUUUGUUAGGUAUGAUGAGGACAUCUAUGACCGUACCUGGCUUCGACAGUUAGAUAACCAAACAGUGACAAUAAGCACAGACCUUUUGGUCAAUACAAGUAACUUGUAUAAUGUGCCACAACCUGUGGCAAAAACUGCUGGUGUGCCUGCAAAUGCUAGUCAGCCUCUGACUUUAGACUGGUCUCUCGAUGACAUUAAUGCACAGUCAUAUAUAUACAUGCAUUUUGCUGAAAUACAAGAUCUUGGUGAUGAUGAGAUCAGGGAAUUCAACAUUACUUAUAACGGUGGUAAAAACUGGUACACCUAUUUUAGGCCUCGAAAACUCAGUAUAACAACUGUAUACAAUCCAGCACCUUUGAGUUCUCCAGAUGGGAAUUUCAGUUUCACUUUUGCCAUGACCGGUAACUCGACUCUUCCUCCUCUUAUCAAUGCCCUCGAGGUUUAUAAAGUCUUAGACCUCCUGCAGCGUGACACAGAUCAAGAUGAAGUCUCUGCUAUGGUAAACAUCAAGACAAGUUAUGAGUUGAGCAUAAAGGUUAGCUGGAAAGGAGAUCCAUGUUCUCCUCUGUUAUAUCGGUGGGAAGGUUUAAGCUGCAGUUAUCCAGACUCCGAGUCACCGCGGAUCAUAACCUUGUAUAUUUUGUUUGUUCAUCUCAAAGUUCUUACAUCUCCGAGGUUUCGUAAAUUCUACUAA